AUGGCGAACGGCAGAAAUGUUGCCAUAUUCUGGGACUACGAAAAUUGUCCUGCCCCUUCAAAUGGAUCUGGCUACAUCAUAGCAAAGAACAUCUCCGCUCUGGCCCAGCAAUUUGGGACCGUAAAGUCGUUCAAAGCAUAUCUGGAGAUUUCUGAACAACUUCCACGAGCCCUUGCCAUGCGCUCGGAACUACAGUCUUCAGGUGUUUCCUUAAUUGACUGUCCGCACAACGGGCGUAAAGACGUCGCAGACAAGAUGAUGCUUGUUGAUAUGUUGGCACACGCCAUUGACAAUCCACCACCGUCCACCACCAUCAUCCUCAUAUCGGGCGACCGAGACUUCGCCUACGCACUAUCCAUAUUGAGCCUCAGACGCUAUCACGUCGUACUCCUUACUCUGGCCAACGCACAUCCGAGCCUCACAAUGCAAGCGGCCGUCUGUUAUGACUGGGUGAGCGAGGUCAUUGAUGUCGUCGACUCGCCAAAGAGCCAGUCAGGCAUCACUGGCAGAGCAGGUCAGGGCGUCAACGAUCCCCGCAACGAAAGCCUUGCCGACUUGGUGUCGUCAGGUGUUGCAGCCACAACUCGAAGGACACUGGAAGACGGAAUCAGCCUGAGAAAUGAGGAACCCAUCGACAUUACGAACUAUCUUUCUGGUCGCACCCGCCUCAGGCAACCAUCGCAAUCAUCUUCAACCAGCACCUACAACCCUCAGCUGGUGCCUCUGGAACGGUCGAGAGAAGACGCUGCUUCGACAGCAAAUUAUGUCGGCGGUCGGUCCAUGCAAUCCCCUCCAGAAACCAUUCGAAAAAACACGUCAGCUUUUCUUCCUUUCCCCAGUACUCUCUGUGCGCCACCGCAAAGCACGUCUCGUGGUCCAUUGUCGGCUUCUGCUCCCAAAAGCUUAUUGGCUCCUCCGGCAGCAUUUGACACGAGUUCUAUUUGGACGACCUCGCAAGACUUCCCUGCACUGGGGCAGCCCGUUGUUAACCCCAUACCAGCAUCAGUGAAUAGGGACCAUUCUCCUGUCCUUUUAGAUACGGACAUCGUCUUCGAAGGAGCAUCCCCUCUUCGUCCUCCUUCGUCUCGUCCUGCUUCAGCCCCUGUACUGCUAUCACCACCACCAUUUCUGACGCAGUCCCCUCAGCCGGCUCUCAAACCCCCAUCUAUAGCUGCCCCUUUGCCACUUCAGUCACCUCAGUCGCUUCAGAUAACGCACCCUUCCUCCCCUUCGGCGACGGUUGACGCAAUAGCCACCUUCAAAACAACAGCCCAAACAGCGACCACGUCGACAAAUAUUUCAAUGCCGUCAACGAGCCCACUGAAGCCGACUACUGUUGCGCCCGCAGUAGAGGACCCCGAUUCAGUUCCGCCAACUUUUGCGAUUCUUGUCGAGGCUCUUCGGAACCACAGACUUAAAGGAACCCUACGACCCUUGCGUUCUACAAUCGCCGUAGAGAUAUCAAAGAACGGCGCUACUUACAGAAACGCGGGUGUCGCCAAGUUUAGUCAGUACGUUGCUUUGGCACAGCAACGCGGUAUCAUCGAUCUGGGUGGUUCAGACGGUGCUGAUUGGAUAUCCUUGCGACCUGGGUGGGGUACUAAGGGAGUGAAAGCUAGUAUUCACCCAGCAGAUUUGUCGCCUGACAUAAGCAUCACAGCAAUCACCGCGGGAUGGACUUGA